CUUUAGGAGAUUAGCGAUAAGAUGAUGACCUAAGCCACAAUGACAUAUGACAAUCGUGACGACGCAUAGAGGCUCAGCGUCGGCUUUGAUACAACUACAUCUUCCAAUUUGCUUUUAGCAAAGGUACCUUAGGUGACUCUUGCAGUUUUUAUUAUGCGGUAGAAUAACUUAGGACAAGUUAGGCACCUAAGCUGAGCUUAAUACCUAGCUGCUAGUUACUGGCAAUGGCUCCAUUGCCUCGUAAUGUUCUUCUUCGGACCCGCUUCAACCCGCCAUUGAUCGAUUCAAUAUCCCUUCGGGUGCCGAGACCUCCGCCAAACGAAGCAUAUUCAACACCAUUACAACCUGCGAAUCUUUGUUUUCUUACAUAAUUGAUAUAAGUAUUUCACCAUGUCGAUACGAAUAGCGCUUGACAACCCGCCCGAAUUCUAUACAAACCUCGACUACAUUAGCGGCCGAGUGAUCUUGGGUUUACACCGGCCCGAAACCAUUAGUAAUGUCAUUGUCAAGCUUGAGGGCGAGUCGCGUACCGCCCUAGCUCUACCAGCGACGACGGACCACGAAGAAUACCAUCGAGUCCGUGGUCCUGGCCCUGGUAGCGUUGGCAAUAUCGUUACCGAGAACCACAAGAUUUUAUACCGCGUCUUUCAGGUCUACCCAGACGAUGGCGCUACGCUACCUCUCCAGCCCGGCCAGCAUGAAUUCAAGUUCAACUUUAAGCUCCCCCUUAACAAUAUCUGUCACGACGAAAAGGCCAUGGGCGCCCUGUUGGGCUUAGGAGGCCUGGGGGGUGGGUUUCGUACUAUGGACGGCACAAAACAGCUCAUGUUGCAGCACGUUAAGGCCACUCUACCACCUUCGCUUACGGAGUUCCCCCAGGAGGCUGAAAUACGUUACUACAUCAAGGUCACCAUACAACGCCCAGGAUUCUUCAGGGAGAACUGGCGAUACCAAGUCGGCUUCAAGUUCUUGCCCGUCGAGCCACCCCGGCCGCCUAAGACUAGCCAGGAAGCCUUCGCCCGCAGGCCCUUUACUUUUAAACCCCGCGCUCCAUACUACCAGAGAAGAUCCUUCUUUGGUGGUAAGUCAUCAUCAGCGAGCCCGCCAGAAGACUCCAGCCAAACGCCGCCCUCAAUCGAAAUGUCAGCACGGAUACCAUUUCCCAGCAUCUUAACAUGUAACGAACCCCUACCCCUGCGGCUAAUCGCCCGGAAACUGGUGCCGACGACGACGCGGGACCAGCAGGUGUACUUAACGGGGCUCGAGAUAGUUCUAGUUGGGUAUACACGUGUCCGAGUGCACCACCUCGAAAAUAUAGAACGCACAUCAUGGGUCAUCCUCGCCGCUCCGCAAAUCUCCCCUCCAAUCGCACUCUUCGACAACCCCGCCGGCCCCGUCGACGCCGAAUUCGAAGUCCCCUCCACCCUGUGGAAAGACCGACGUCUCCCCAACACCAUCGCACCAUCCUUCCGGACAUGCAAUGUCGCGCGGCGCUACGAGAUCGAAAUCAAGCUAACGCUAAGCUGGGGCCAACCUCUUCCUCCCUCCAACCCCUUUGCAAGCCACAAGCCAGUACCGCAGUUCAUCACUCUUCCUCUAAAACUCUCCAGAGUCGAUGUGUUCUCGGGAAUUUCCCCACCGCGAGAGCUCCUGAAUGCUCUCGUCCUGAAUACUCUCGGCCUCAACGGGGUUUCACGCCCACCGCAACUGCCCCAAAGACCAACGCCUCAGCAGCAGCAGCAACCGCAGCAGCCCCCGAACGUCAUAUUCGACCCCUUGUAUCCCCCGCAGUUAGGUAGCGCUACCGCCGCUGCGUUCGGAGAUGCGCCGCCCAGCUACGACGAGGCGAUGGCGGACUCGCUUGCCGGGCCCGCAGCGCGGCCCGCGUACAGCGGGGUCACGGCCGAGAACGCACCUAGUACGAUGCCGCCUGAGAAGUCAUGAUCGCCGUAACGGAUAUGUAUUGGUGUUGUAGAUUAUGGACGGAUAUGUAUUGGGUAUAUACGGCAUGCAACGGGUUACAAAGGGAGUAAAAGCGGGUUCAUUAUAAUUGUACAAUUACUCGGGCGUUGGCACAUAAUAAAACACGGGGAGCAGCGAAACGAAGCGAGGGAGCGACGGAUGAUACCCCUCGGAUUACUGUUGGCGCGAAUACGUCUUUUGUCGUAGCGUUAAUGGAGUAGGUGUUGGUAUGGUAGCCUUGUACAAGUACCUAAGAUUAUGGGAGGUUUGAUAGCGGUUAGGGAUUUAAUGAUUAAUAUGAUUUAAUAUAAUUAUGAUCGGUUAAAA